AUGACAUCACCAGCAGAUAAAGCAAAUCAUUUAAAAGUUAAAACAGAACUUGUUAGAAGAACAUUUAAUUAUCCAGAAACAGAAAAUGUUAUUCAAGAUUACUCAUGUGCUUUAAAUAAAGUAACAUUAGGAAAAAUGUAUAUUACAGAAAACUUUUUAUCAUUUAUAGCUUCAAUUGGUAGUACAACUGAAACAAUACCAUUAAGAAAAAUUUUAGAGAUGAAAAAAGAUACAACAUUAUUUGUAAAUAAUGCAAUAACAUUUAAAACAGCAGAACAGUUAGUAUCAUUUGGUACAUUUUCACAUAGGGAUGAAGCAUUUACAUUGAUUUAUCAUCUUUGGAAAUGUCCACCAUUUAUAUAUAAUCCAAAUUCAGUUGAUAAAGAUUUAGAUGAAAAGAAUUUAUUUCGAGGUGCUGGACAACAGAAACAAAAACAACUUUCAUCUAGAGUGGAUACACAAUCGACAAAGUUGGCAUUGAAAUUGGCCACAGAGACAAAGGAGACGGGUAUAGCAACUUUGAACGAGUUGUCCUAUCAGGCAGAGGUGAUCGAUGGGAUAGAGGCAAAGAUGGACAACAUUCAUGCCAAUCUCGACAGAUCCGAUCGAUUGUUGAAAGGAAUUGAGAGUGUGGGGGGAGCCUUGUCCAACCAUUUCAGUAAAGAUACAACCAACGGACCAAGAAAGGAGUUUGCCCCCUUGGAUAGAUCGUUGCAGGUCAGACCAAGGGACGAACCUCCCAUUGAGAUCGACAUAUUGGAGAAAUUGGCAAACGAUAGUUUGAUACCAGGUUUCGUGCAAAUUCACAACGACAGAUUCAUCAUAUUGGAUGCCAAUAGGAAGCCCAGAACCGAGAUCAUCUCGACCUACACUUUCGACAGUGUCGAGUAUUUGGUGAUUCGUGCACGUCCUCAGCAUAUGGAUGUCAGAUUCUUUAAUAAUAAAUACCCACGUUUUAGAAUGGCAAGCAGUUACAUUCAAAACGUUGUCAAUGAGAUCGUUUUACGUUCAAAUGGAAAGUAUGGCAAAGCCCCACAAGUUAUCUUUGAACCUGGUAUCAAAGAGUUUAUCUAUGGCAACCCAACCAUUCGUUUCAUUCCCUCCUCUGGUAGAUCUCAACAAAGCUCCCUCUUCACUAGAGCUUCAACCUUAGGUACAAGUCAUUUCAUAAAAGAUGCCUCUGAUGAUAUUAAAGAUGCUCUAAUCGAACAAGAUAAAGAUUUAGAUGAAAUCUCUGAUCUAUUAGGUGAUAUUAGUAAUAUAGCAAAAACAAUUGGUGAUGAAGCUGAACGUAGUUCUUCACAACUUGAUAGAAUAACUGAUAAAGUUGAUCAUGCAAAUGAUAGAUUAAAAAAUAAUAAUAAGAGGAUUCAAAAAAUGUUAUAA